AUGCAUAAGUCGAGAGUCCAACGGAAGUUUUUGAGCUUUGCAGCAUAUCUAUUAAAUAUCGAACAUAAACCUCAUGAUUAUGAUCCAGUAAUAGAUAGGCUAGGCUUACAGUCUUUGGCCGAUAGACGUAUCACCAUUAACAAAGUCUUCCUAGUCAAGCUCAUCAAUGGGUCGAUCGACUGUCCUGAACUUCUAUCUAAAUUCUAA